CCCCUUUUCGCUGUCCCAGCUUCACUUAUUAAAAGUUAUUUACCCUUCGUACGUAUGUUUGUUCAAUUCAUAUAAGUUCAACGUCUAUGUCUGGAGUCAACAACAAAAGCCAUGUUUCAUCACGUCAGACCUUCAAGGAUUCAGCUAGACGAUGGCCUCAGUCUCGAUAGCGGUCUAGGCAUGGCGUCUCAGCCAUCCUCGCCCAUAACCCCAAAGCAUCUCGCGUCUUUCGAGUAUAUAACAAGGCGCCUGUCGCCCACCAAUCCAUUCAGCGAUGAUGCCGCCACCGGUCUAGGCGACCUCUUUCCUGGCGAGGGGAGCGAACCAUCACCAGUGCCAGAACCCAGCACCCCAUCGAGGGAACUCACUCACCCACCCACACCAAAAACUGAACCUCAGCCACACACCACUCCCCUCCUCACAGCAGACCCCCGGGUAACAAGGACAUUAUCACUCAAACUUGGUCCCAUACCAAAGAAGAACCGCCAAAGCACCACCCAACUCGCCGAGCAGCUUCACCACGCCAUUGAUAAGAACGAUACCGGCACAAUCCUGGAGCUCAUCAAAGAGGGCCGCAUAGACCCCAACAUCCAAAGACCAGGAUCAAGCCUACCCCCCCUUCAUGAGGCCCUCGCCGCUCGUUCCGUCGAUGCCACCAACUUCCUCGCCCUCUCAGGCGCAGACUUGGAAGCAACUAACAGGACGAAGGAGACAGCCAUCAUUACUGCCACCAAGAACGGGUUCCCCAGUGCCUCCAUCACCUUACUCUGCGAACUUGGCGCCAAGCUAGACGCCGUUGACAUAUUCGGCCGAUCAGCGCUUCACUACGCAGCAAGCAGCCACGGCUCAGCUUCAUCUCCCCCUUCCUCUUCGUCUGGGAAGACUACAAGCAGCCCGGGGACGCCGACAACGGUAGCCCAUGCCAAGUACGUGACGGUGACUGCGAUGGAGAGGAUCAUUCAUCUCCUGAUAUCGUCCGGUGCCGAUGUCACUGCUCCACAGGAUGAGCUUGGGAUCAGUCCGCUGCAUCAGGCUUGCCGACUAGGGCUGGACUCUAUCGUUGAGAUGAUGCUCUCAACGCCACGAGAUGCCUACGUAUCCGCUCCGUUUUACAGCGAGAAGCAUGGCAAUGGUGGUAUUAUCGAAACACAGCUAUGGUCAGGCCACACUCCCCUCUUCUUCGCCGUUGAAGGUGGUCACUUGACCACAACCAAGCUCCUAAUCGAGAAACACCAUGCGGAUAUCAACACCCGAACAGCGGUUAACGCAACCCUGCUAUGGGCGGCUGUCGGUCACCCACAUAUAUUACGCUACCUCUUAACCCUGAAGCCUUUGCAAGGACAAGGGGUUGAGAGAACGGGAAGUGUCCGCAAGCGGCUAAGGCUGGUGAACUUUGGGCGCAUCAACGAAGAGGGGAUAUUGGGAGGAGAAGGAUUUGACUUGAACCAUAGAGAUCAUGGAGGAGCAACGGUUCUUCAUGCUGCAGCCGCCGCGGCUCAGCUAGAAGAUGUGAGGAUACUGCUGAGGAAAGGAGCAAAACAGUUUGCUGCUCAUGAGGUUUAUGAUGAUUUGGCAGGGAGGAAAGGAGGUACAUACCGACAAGGAACACCGGCUGGAAUUGCCAGACAAAAAGGACAUGAUAAGAUUGCGGAGAUGAUAGAAGGCUGGCGAUCAUCGGUAGUCACUACCGGUAAAGCUUUGAGCCCUACGGUGUAG